UCGGAUUAUAAUCAUUCCUCAAACGUGUCCACAAUCAGAGACGGAAAGACCUCGCAUCCCUCCCUCCAAUUCGGGUACUCUCUCUCUCCUAGAAGGCUUCGCAUUCGCUCUUCGUUUCAACCGAUCAUCGUCGCAGAGAUCUGGCGACGACUAUUCACUGUGAAAUCUCAGUCCCAUCGCGGACCUUCAACUUCAGCUGUUCAAGAUUUCUAUAUCUUCUGGUGGCAUUCUAAAUGUCUACUCUGUCUUCUCCAACGAGUUCAACUUUGUCAACGUCUCGAGGGAUAAUUCCCCCAGCUGGCUUUGGUGCAUAUGAAGAUUCAAUGAGUGCGGCUCCUGGACCUUUUGGCAAUACUCAAUCAGAGUCUAGUGACACUGAUGAAACUGAGUUGCAUUCUGUAUCAUGGAACCAGGAUUACAGUUGCUUUGCUGCUGGCACAAGUCGAGGUUUUCGUAUAUAUAACUGUGAUCCCUUCAAGGAGACUUUCAGACGUGAUAUCAAAAGUGGAGGCUUUGGGAUUGUUGAAAUGCUAUUCCGUUGCAAUAUUUUAGCACUCGUUGGUGCUAGAACCAAUUCUCAAUAUCCUCCAAACAAAGUUAUUAUUUGGGAUGAUCAUCAAAGCAGGUGCAUUGGUGAGUUUUCGUUUAGGUCUGAGGUUCGUGCUGUGAAACUACGACGGGAUCGCGUUGUUGUUGUUCUUGAGUACAAGAUAUAUGUCUACAAUUUUAUGGAUCUAAAACUUCUUCAUCAGAUAGAGACUUUUGAGAAUCCUAGGGGGCUUUGCUGCCUGUCACACUACUCAAAUACAUCAGUAUUGGCUUGUCCAGGCCUUCGACGAGGACAAGUUCGUGUUGAGCAUUUUGGCCUGAACAUGACAAAAUUAAUCAAGGCUCAUGAUUCUCAGGUAGCAUGCUUAACCUUGACAAUGGAUGGGCUUCUUCUUGCCACGGCUAGCACCAAGGGCACUUUGAUAAGAAUUUUCAAUACAAUGGAUGGGACUCAGUUGCAAGAGGUACGCAGAGGUGUAGACAAAGCCGAUAUCUACAGUAUAGCACUGUCACCAAAUGUUCAGUGGUUGUCGGUUUCUAGUGACAAAGGUACUAUUCAUGUAUACAGCCUAAGAGUGCGAAUUGUUGGGGAGGAUGUUGCAACUGAUAGCAGCACUGUUGGAAAUCAAGCGCUGUUGUAUCAACAGCAUUCAUCAACUGCACUUGAUGCUCUUAUUUCUCCGAGCACCGGUGCCAACCCUGGCUCAUCAUUGUCUUUCAUGAGAGGGGUUUUACCAAGGUAUUUUAGCUCGGAGUGGUCAUUUGCUCAGUUUCACUUGCCAGAGUGUACCCAAUUCAUCUCUGCAUUUGGUUCUCAGAACACUGUUAUUAUCGCUGGCAUGGACGGGAGUUUCUACAGGUGUAGCUUUGACCCUGUGAAUGGAGGGGCUAUGGUGCAGCAAGAAUAUGUUUGCUUUCUGAAAACAGAGAGUAGACCUAGAUAGUGCCCAACUUCAGUCAUAUGGAAAUAUGCUUAUCAUAUCCUUCCUCUGUAUAUACAUCAUUGCCUAUUACUUUGGAUGUAGAAAAAGGAAAAAAGGUCAGAUGUUAUUGGCUGCUGAUAUAUACUUUAAUAAGUGUACAUAAUUCUUUCAGUUUUUCAAAGAUCCAAAGUGUGUAGUAGGUGUGAGACUCUCUCUAUAAGAAAUCUUGAAAUAUCGAUUCCUCUUAAAUGUAAAUAGUUACUUGGGUGCAUGCCUUCAUCUCUGACUAA